AUGCAGAUACCCUCCCUUCUACCUCUUCCUGUAGCCAGCCUAUAUCCACAAUCAUCUGAUUCCUCACCUUCAUCUGAUCUGGCCACAAUUUCUACUCCAAAAUUCCCUUCAUCAGCUUCCUUGAUCUCAUCAGUCGGCGUUGCUGUGCAUGCCGCUAUGCACAUCUAUCUCACUAAUCUUCCUAAUACUCUACCUGCCGAGUUGGGUGUUGGUCCUGACCUGCUUGAGCUAGGCAACAGCUUCCAUGGCCGUAUGACGAGGCAACAGGCCGUCGAUUGGCUCCAUCGCUAUUGGUUUCUCGGCGAUGGCACUUAUGUUAUUCGAGCUUCUGAAACCCAACAAAAUUCUGUUUCUAUUUCUGUCAUGUGUGUGCCCUAUUUUAUACUUGCACUUAGGACGAUGACUAUGCAUGCCGGUUGA